ACUUUGUUUCCCUAUUAAUAAUGUUGGUAUAGUCCCAUGUCAAAGUUGACGUGCAUCUCUUUCUUUGUUGCUUGCUCUAGCAAGUCCAAAGGGAAAUUGAUAAGAGUACAAUCGUUUUCAAGAAAAAUAAUAAACACAUUCAACCAUAUCUGUAAGAGGAUUCAGUCUACUCAACAGCUUCAAGCUCUACAGGGGCAGUAGCCGGGCAUCAACCACCAUCACAGUCCUCACCCUCACUACACAGAGGGACCAAGACAGAGGGUCAUGGCUCAUAUGGUUGUCAGUCAUGAGCCCAUGGCACUGCAAGAGCCCGCCAACAUAGCGAAAGCUCCAGCAAAAAAGCGAGGGAGAACGGCACAACCAAAGGAACCCAAGCCACCCAAAAUGCCCAAGGCCAAACCGGGACCCAAGGCCAAACCGGGACCCAAGGCCAAACCGGGACCCAAGCCCAAGAAAGGCAAGGAGGGUCAAGAGGCAGACAGCACGCAGGAGAAAAUAGACAAGACCUUCAAGAAGGUCAAGAAGAAAAGGGACCGCUUCAAAGGCAUGACUGAGGAUGAGGUCAUGAGUAGAACUCUGACCGACAUCCUUGACUACAACCUGGACUAUGUUAUCAUUGGAAUCAACCCAGGGCUCGUGGCAGCCUAUGUUGGACGAUGGUUCCCUGGCCAUGGAAACCAUUUCUGGAAGUGCCUGUUCUUGUCCGGAUUCACUGAUGAGCAGCUUAACCACAUGAGCGACACCAGCCUGCCAGAGAAAUACAAGAUCGGCUUCACCAACAUGGUGGCAAGGACAACGCCUGGAAGCAAGGACCUGUCAACCAAAGAGCUACGCGAGGGCGCCUUAAUUCUUGUUGAGAAGCUGAAAAAGUACAAGCCCCUCAUAGCUGUUUUCAAUGGAAAAUGUAUCUAUGAAAUGUUCUGCAGAGAGAUGUUUGGUAAAAAGCCCAAGAAGCUUGACUUUGGUCUGCAGCCACACAAGAUACCGGACUGUGAAGUGGCAUUGUAUCUGAUGCCCUCGUCGAGUGCCCGCUGCGCCCAGUUUCCCCGUGCCCAGGACAAAGUGCACUUCUACAUCAAGCUGAGGGAAUUGAGGGACCAGCUCAGGGGCGUGGCCCGAUCUGAGGAGAUUCAGGAGUUGGAGUACAGCUUUGACCUGGGACUGGCCAAAGAGGACGCUAAGAGGAUGGCGAUCAAGGAAGAGGCGUACGACCCCGGCUACGAGGCCGCCUUCGGCGGAGCAUAUGGAGAAGGCGGGCCCGGGCCUGAGGAGGGCCAGAGCAACGGUCACUAACUUCUCGUUGGCUGGAAACACAGACGCUGCCGAGAAGGCAAACACUUACCAACCUCCUACGGCUGCCACCACCACCACCACAGAAGGACAACUCCCAGACAGACAGUGGAUGAGGCAGUCUUUCACUGAUCAGAUUAGACAUGGGUGGCUCUAAAGAACCACAGGCAUGGGUGGGCAACGUAUAAGAAAGGGUAAAUGGCUCCUAACGAGCCCUAUCUAUUCGUGCACAGACCUCAAAGCCGCACAUCCUUUACCCUCCCUUCAACAAGAAGCUGCACCUCUGUUUGAAGACAGAAAUGAUAGUUUUUAGUGUUUUGUAUUUGUAUUUUUUUUUGCCAUUUUUGGAAUAUACACUUGACUAGUUGAUAGAUGGAAUUGUCUAAAUUUAUAAUUUUUAAAGUAUUUGCGGAAUAUGAGCUUUUAAAAAAAAAUCUGGUUUUGUUAUACUGUGUGUGUGUUUGAUUGCCCACAAGGCAGUCCUUUUUAAAUAUGUGAAAUCAGGGACUUGACACUUUGUUUUAAUACCGUACUUUGCCACAGGCGGGCACAGUAGGUGCAAGAAAAGCAUGCAUACUGUAUUGGUUACUGCUCUGACAGUACAAAUGGUUCUAAAUCAUGCUUUUACACACGUGUCAGAGAGUCCCAAAUAAACAUGUGACAAAACACAUACAGUAAGAUGACACUGUAAGUAAUGCAUUGUGAAGUUUAAGAUGAGCUAGUACUCUACUUUUACAAGUUCUGUACCUUGAGGAGAAUGAACUAGACACAAGGUCGAAAAGUGAUUCCACUGAGGGAUGUUUUAGUAAUGUCUUUACAAGCCUUUUAUCAUGGAGUUGCAAUACUCAAGAUGGGUGAUAUAUAUUUUUUAUUUUACUUUCUUAUGUUUAGUAUGUUUCUGAAAAUGUUGUUUAUAAAAAUAUGGGGAUUUUCUAUUUUACUUGGCAUUUGUUUUUUGUUUUUUACUUUGCAGGCUUAAAAGAAACAUCAGGUGUGUUGGUAAUAUUGUUUUUAUAAGAGUUCUGAAGGUGUGUUUGUUGAAAACCUUGCCUCUACCCUUCGUUCUUGUCUUCUGUUGCAUCCUGAGUGACUAAACGCUGGGACGUGUUCAUAAUUUUUUGAACGUUUUUCAAUUAUUUGAAACCAAUACAAAAACUGAGUUUCAACCAGUUUUUUUUCCCAUUUGGUGCCUAAUGAACAUGACCCUGUUCUUUCUUAAAAUCGUUUCAUGCUGUACAUUACAAUAUACUCUUUGCACACAUUCUUACUUCUGAGAUACUACUCAUGAUCCCUCUGGGCAAAUGUAUGUAUGCACGCUGAGAAGUGUUGUCAUAGUACCUUUUUUUAUGUGUACAGUUAAUUUGGAAAGUAUUCGGACCCCUUCACUUUUCCCACAUUUUGUUGUGUUACUGCCUUAUUCUAAAAUGGAUUAAAUAAAUGUUUUUCCUCAUCAAUCUACACACAACACCCCAUAAUGAUGAAGAAAAAAAUGUUUUUUAUAAACAGAAUUACCUUAUUUACUUAAGUAUUCAGGCUAUUGAUUGGAGUCCACCUUUUGUAAAUUCAAUUGAUUGGAAAGGCACACACCUGUCUAAUAUAAGGUCCCACAGUUGACAGUGAAUGUCAGAGCAAAAACCAAGCCAUGAGGUCGAAGGAAUUGUCCGUAGAUCUCCGAGACGGGAUUGUGUCAAGGCACAGAUCUGGGGAUGGGUACCAAAACAUUUCUGCAGCAUUGAAGGUCCCCAUGAACACAGUGGCCUGCAUAAUUAUUAAAUGGAAGAAGUUUGAAACCACCAAGACUCUUCCUAGAGCUGGCCGCCCAGCCAAACUGGGCAAUCGGGGGAGAAGGGCCUUGGUCAGGGAGGACUAUGAACCCAAGAGUUUCUCUGUGGAGAUGGGAGAACCUUCCAGAAGGACAACCAUCUCUGCAGCACUCCACCAAUCAGCCCUUUAUGUUAGAGGGGCCAGACAGAAGCCACUUCUCAGUAAAAGGCACAUGACAGCCCACUUGGAGUUUGCUUAAAGACACCUAAAGACUCUGACCAUGAGAAACAAGAUGCUCUGGUCUGAUGAAACCAAGAUUGAACUCUUUGGCCUGAAUGCCAAGCGUCACGUCUGGAGGAAACCUGGCACCAUGGUCAAGCAUGGUGGUAGAAUCAUCAUGCUGUGGGGAUUCUUUUCAUCGGAAUGGACUGGGAGACUAGUCAGCAUCGAGGGAAAGAUGAACACAGCAAAGUACAGCAAGAUCCUUAAUGAAAACCUGCUCCAGAGUGCUCAGGACCUCAGAUUGGGUCGAAGAUUCACCUUCCAACAGGACAACGACCCUAUGCACACAGCCAAUACAAUGCAGGAGUGGCUUUGGUACAAGUCUCUGAAUGUCCUUGAGUGGCCCAGCCAGAGGCCGGAUUUGAACCCAAUCGAACAUCGAGGCCGGACUUGAACCCAAUCGAACACCUCUGGAGAGAUUGAAAAUAGCUGUGCAGAGACGCUUCACAUCCAACCUGACAGCUUGAGAGGAUCUGCAGAGAAGAAUGGCAGAAACUCCCCAAGUACAGCCGUGCCAAGCUUGUAGUGUCAUACCCAAAAAGCCAAAAGUGCUUCAACAAAGUACUUAGUAAAGGGUCUAUAUUUAUUUAUUUGCCAACAUUUAUUAACCAGUUUUUGCUUUGUCAUUAUGGUCUAUUGUGUGUAGAUUGAUGAGAGAAAAACGAUUUAAUCCAUUUUAGAAUAAGGCUUUAACGUAACAAUGUGGAAAAGGUCAAUGGAUCUGAAUGCUUCCCAAAUGCACCUGUCGAUGUAACAGUAUGUCAGAAGUUCUAAUACUUAAGCAUUAGUCUUUACACCAGUGGUGAAGUUACAGCAGCAUUCCAUGUCACAAGUCCCAAGUUGCCUACCGUGAGCAAGAUCAGGGUUUAAAUGGCUACACGCUCACCUUUUGAGGUUUUGUAUUGGUUUAUUUUUUUGUGACCAAUGUGAAUUUAAAUAAAACUAAUAAUUUUGCCAAUUGUAAUUCAAUUGGUCACUUCCUGUA